AAGGCGAUGCAAAACAAUCGUUUACAGGCCGCGAUCGACCGCUUGCUUUCGUUUGGUAGCGCUAAUCGGUAACAAAUUAUUGGUGACUAGAUUAUCCUGUGCUGAUAGUGCUUCUGCUCGAACAUCAAGGGUUCUCUCACCUGCAUAAACUCAUCACAACCAUCGUGCGAAUCCGUAUCAUGCUCUAAGCUCGCCAUCUCGUGCCAAUCAGGACUCUCAUCAACCGGAUAACCUCCACACACCGCGAGCCAUCAAAACUCCAAUCAAGCCAUGAAAUCCGCGUUUUGCCAUACACAAGCCAACAAAGUCAAUUCCACUCGCGUCUCAUAAAACUCCCCACCCUCAAAAUGCACACUCUCACCCUCCUCACCGCUCUGUUCAGCCUCUCGCAGGGGUUCUUGUUGGACGGUUCCACGAACUCUUUCUCCCAGUUCCGGAAAUGGGGGGGAGGCACCAACGGCAGCCUGGAGUUCGAGUUCAAAACGGAUCAGCCCAACGGGCUGCUGCUCUACACCGAUGACGGGGGGACUUACGACUUCUUCGAGAUCAAACUAGUCGAAGGGGCCUUGAGGCUGCGGUACAAUCUAGGAGGCGGCGCGCAGAUAAUCACGGUGGGUCGCGACCUCAACGACGGGCACUGGCACAAGGUGCACGUGCAGAGGCACGAGGAUCGCACUAUUUUGACGGUUGACGGAGUCUCGCAGAUGCGAACCUCCAGAGGCAAGGAGUUUAACUUCGGGAGGUUCUCCACGAAUUCAGAUGUUUUCGUGGGUGGUAUGCCGAUGUGGUACAACACGAAACUGUCGUUGCUUGCUCUGCCGAGCGUUAUUUUUGAGCCGCGUUUCGUGGGAGCGGUCAGGAAUCUCAUUUAUCCGGAUACGGAGGGCGGAACGCCAAGGAGGCAGGAGACGAGGCCGAAGGAUCAUAGGAUACUACGUGGCAACAGCAGCGAUGCGUGCGAAAUUAGGGAUCCCUGCCAACAUGGAGGAAUCUGCAUUUCGACUGAUAGCGGACCAAUCUGCGAGUGUCGGAAUCCAGAUUAUGAGGGAGAACACUGCGAGAAGGAUAAGGCCCCGUCAGAAGCCGUCUUCCGCGGUACGGAGUUUCUAUCAUACGAUCUCAGCCAGACGGGGGGAGAGCCCAUCGUUAGUGCUCAAGAUUCCGUCACCUUCUAUUUCAAGACGAGGCAGCCCAGCGGAUUGCUUUUUUAUACGGGGGAUGGUAACGAUUACCUGAAUGUUGCAAUAAAAGACGGGUGUCUCAGUCUCACCAUGGGAUUGUCUAAUGGAAAACAGGAGAUGCAAAUAAAGCCCAACAAAGUACGAUUCGAUGACAACCAGUGGCAUAAAGUCAGCGUGCAUAGAAGGAUACAAGAGAUUUCUCCUAUCACGAGCUUUUGCCGGCUCUCCGCUGUCGUGGAUGCCGUCUACGCAGAUCAUUCUCACAUCGCCGGCAAGUUCACAAUGUUGUCCUCGAGCAAAGUCUACGUCGGAGGCAGCAUAAACACAAGGGCGCUUCCCGGAGCCAGAGUACAUAAUAAUUUCGUCGGGUGCAUGAGGAAGGUGGAAUUUGUGGCGGACACACUGAGGCUGAAUCUGCUGGAGUUGGGCAGGUCAGGCAGUCAUCUCAUACAAGUAGCGGGCAGGAUCGACUACAAAUGUCCGACGGGCGAGACCCAUGAUCCCAUCACGUUCACCACCAGGGAGUCGCACUUGAUCCUGCCACCUUGGAAUGCCAAGAAGUCUGGAAACAUCUCUUUCAAGUUCCGCACGAACGAAGCGAAUGGCCUGAUACUCUUCAACGGUGGAAUUAGACCGCCCAGAGUUGACUUAUUUGCUGUAGAAAUUUACAACGGUCAUAUCUACGUGCAUUUGGAUCUGGGCUCUGGACCUUCCAAGCAACGUGGAUCCAGAAGAAGAAUAGACGACGGUACUUGGCACGAGGUCACCUUCAGGCGAACUGGAAGAGAUUCAAGGAUAACGGUUGAUGGUUUCCAUACAGAUUUCAAAACCAUUGAGGGUUCGACAAGCCUCGAGCUGGACGGGAACAUGUACGUGGGUGGACUAGGAGCGCCCUUUUCCGAAAUCCCCGUCCCCGCAGGGCUCUGGACCGCCGUCCUUCAACAAGGAUUCGUCGGAUGCUUCAAGGACCUCAUUAUGAACAAUGAGGCGGUGGAUGUCGCCGGAUUUGCACGGGAACAGGAUUCUGGUUCCAUCAGAACCCUGUGUCACACCCAACCACAGCAGUGUCCAUCCCAACCGUGCCUCAACGGCGGAACCUGCACCGAAGGCUGGAACAGGUUCAUCUGCGACUGUACAAACACGCUCUUCAGUGGCCCGACGUGCGGUAAAGAAGCCCCCACGCUGAGCUUCAACGGGACGCAGCACAUGUCGGUUACGAUGGAUGCCGAACAGGUUACGCAGACUGAAGAUGUAGUUCUGAGGUUCAGGACUAGUAAACCGCUUGGAUUGCUACUGAUCACGAGCACUGUCGAGACAGGAGACAGAAUCGAGUUGGCUGUGGCAGCGGGUCGCAUUCGUUUGGCGCUCCGUCUCGGGGUCAGGGAGAAGAAGAAGGAGGACAGAGAAAAGGAUAAGAUCUUGUUGGCCGGCCAAAACGUCAAUGAUAACGAAUUCCACACGAUACGAAUGUCCCGUAGAGGAUCGAAUUUGAAGCUGCAACUCGAUAGUCAGUCUCCCAUAAGAGCUGAAAUUCAGGGUAAAUAUUCCGCCCUCCAGUGGCGUACUAUUCAUUUGGGCGGACUGUAUCACCUCGAAGAGGAAAUCAGCAUGUCGACAACGGUUCCUAAUUUCGUUGGAGACAUCCAGCAGUUCUACUUCAAUAACAUACCUUAUAUUGAGCUGGCAAGGGCUCUGAGCACUGAGCAAUCUAUAGCAGGAUUCCCAAAUAUCAAGGUGGCAGCAAAAUUCGUUAAGCACGCCACUGACAAUCUGCAUCGACCUGUGACGUUUCGGUCGAAACACACCUUCAUCGGGCUACCCAUGCUGAGAGCAUACGCCAGCAUACAUAUCGAUUUUAUGUUCAGAACCAGAGAGGCGAACGGACUGAUUUUAUUCAAUGGAGGGAAGAAGGAAGAUUUUGUAGCUGUGGAACUGGUAGACGGGCAUAUCAACUAUAUUGUGAAUGUUGGUGACGGAACUGUCACUCUUCGUGACACAGUUCGCGACCACCUCAACGAUAACCGGUGGCAUACGGUUGGAAUCAGGAGACCUUCCGUCAAACAGCAUACUCUGAUGGUGGACAACGACAUCGUCAUAGCGGCAAACUUCGGCACUGGCAACUUGGAGCUCGACGGCAUCCUGUACCUAGGUGGCGUCUACAAGGACUUGUACGCGCUGCUCCCCCAAGACGACAUCAAGUCCAGGCACGGCUUUGAAGGGUGCAUCGCCGGUUUGGAUCUCAAUGGGGAGUCGCCGAAUAUCAUGGAGGAUGCGGUUGUGCAUAGCUCGUUAGUCACGUCGGGAUGUGAAGGUCAAUCUGCAAAGUGCAGCCAUAAUGUCUGUGCUAAUGCCGGUAUUUGUGUUCAGCAAUGGAAUUCUUACACUUGCGACUGUGAUAUGACUUCUUUUACAGGACCCACGUGUUCGGAUGAAUCAGUAUCAUACGAGUUUGGUCCGAACCGAGGUAUUAUAACAUACACAUAUCCAGAAGAUGCCAGACCAGAAAUGCAAGAGGAUACGAUCACCAUUGGUCUCGUCACCACCAAAUCUGAAGCUGUUCUUCUAAGGAUCGUCAGUGGGACUUCCAAUGAUUAUAUUGAAAUGUACAUUGUUGAAGGCAAUGUAUUCGUAGUUUACAACUUGGGCUCGAACGAUCUACUCCUUGGAGAAAUAUCCGUCAAAGUAAACGACAAUGCAUAUCACGUUAUAAGAUAUCAUAGAUACGGUCACAAUUCUACUCUACAAGUCGACGAUUACAACGUCCAAACCAAUCAUCCCUCAGGACAUCAACUACAAGUGUUCAAUAGUCAAUCGCAAAUACAGAUAGGAGGAAAAUGGAACAAAAAGGGAAGGAUAGAAAGGCCCUUUUCCGGUAUUAUUUCGGGGGUAGUGGUCAAUGGACUACGAAUUUUGGAUUUGGCCGCAGAGAAGGAUAUUCACGCCUCAAUCAGAGGCGACGUACAGUUGAUAUCUGGAAUAAUGGACAGGCAGGAUCAUCUUCAAAAAAUGCAACAGACACCCGCUUCGGGGUUCCCCGGCCUGGAAGACGACCUCGUCUUCAGCGGCGCGGGCUCAGGGUGCAACGGGGAUGACGAAGACGAGUGCCCUCCGCUGCCGGAGUCCGGGUCAGGAGACGACGACCUCAUCACUCCGGUGUAUGUACCGCCCACUAAGCCGCCGCCGACCAAGAAACCGAAGAAGCCCGAAGGCGAUGACAAAACGAAACCGUGCGACGACGAAGACUGCAUUCCUGAUGGGUCCGGGUCGGGAGAGGUGACAGAGGAGGCCACGACGAAAACGACUGACCUGACCGAAUCUGGCUCAACCUCGGACAACACGAGCACCAAAAGCACAGAAGAAGCUUUCUCCAUACCAGGAGCCCAGACAACCAGUCAGAUAUUCACUAACAUUUCCACGAUCGGCUCAAAAAUAAUGGAACAAACGACGACCACUCCACAGCAGACCACAAGACAAGAGACGAUAGUUUCACACACACCCACUGAACUCACCACGACCGUCACCACCACCACUACUACUACCACCACCACCGAGAGAUCAACAAUCCACCCCAUCAUUAUUCCAAUGUUGCCCCCUGAGCAGACUUACCCCCCCAAUAGCUACAGACCUCAUUCGACGAAACGACCCGAGAGGAUCAGUUCUGAGACAUCGGAGAUUGUUGCGCUCAUCAUAGGUAUCAUUGCUGGCGCACUGAUCGCAAUAAUCCUCAUCAUCCUAGUCAUCCUGAAGUUCAAAUCCCGCAGCGACAGGUCAUUCAAAGUGGACGACUCGAAGGGUUACCAGCAAGGGCCCAAUGCCGCGCUCCUGGGGAACACCUCGAGCACGAACGGCCAGACGCAGUACCAGGUGAACGGGGCGCUGAGAAAUGGCGACAAGAGUCAGAUGCAGAAGUCGAAGAAGCGCGACAGCAAAGAUAUCAAAGAAUGGUACGUCUAGGAGGUACCUUGUUGGAGAGUGGAACGGGUGGUUUGUUUUUCGAGUGACUCCGAGCCAUUAAUUCUGUGACGCUAUUGUUAGGACGAAUGUGUGAACAGAAAGUGAUAUCUAAACCUAAUUGAGGUUUUCGGUUGACUCUGCAUGGGGAAAUCUCGUUAGCAAGAGUUAGAACAUGAAGAAGGCUGUGUUCUAUAAAUGUUGAAUCUUGGACUGAACAUUUUGACAUCUUUCUCAAAAUUACACAAGUUUCAGUUUUUGACGCGAUUUUCUAUGGCUCCGCUAACUCUUCUUCAAGUUUUUUCCUUGGCUGCGUAGUUUUUGUACAGAGUUUCUUAAUUAGUGAGACUUCAAAUGUGUAGAGAAGCAAACAUCUUGAGAUUUUAUGAUGGAUGGAAACCUGGAUAAAAAUUGCAGAAAGUUCAAGGUGUAAAUGUUAGAUAAUGGAAGUGAAAUCAUUAAUGGGUUUGAAAAAAAGUUUGAAUAAGCUGGGGUUCUGUUGCUAAUUUGAUUUUCCCAGAAGGGUUUCAAUCAUUUCCCUGGAUUUUCCGGAAGAAUCUUCUACCAGUGUUGAUCUAUCAAGUAAAGAAAACUUAAUGUCAUUAUGCUCAUUGUUGCAUAAUAUAAUAAAUCUCUGUAAUUUGUUUUCUCACUAAAAAGUAUGAAAUUAUGAAACAAUCACUUUUGAGUUGAACUGUAAACAAGCAGACAUUUCAUUCGGUUUACUCAUAUGUCUGACUUGUAUGUAUAUGUAUGUAUUCCCAAUUAUUACUGAUAUUGUCGAGGCAGCUGUUCCCUUGAUAAUUUCAAAGUGAAAGUCUGAUAGAAUACUCAAUAAAAUAUUUUGGAAUGAAAUGUCUGCAUGCGAUAUAGGUAUAGGAUAAAAUUAAUUGCAGAUCUGAGAAACAUUUUUAAAAGCAGACUGAGGGUGCUGAAGUUAAUUUUCCUCAUACACAAUGGUUAUAAAUUGUCCAAAAGUUUUUGGAAAAGUAAUAUUCAAUUAUUAAAAUAUUCUAAACUACAUGAUCAUAAUACAAAAAGUUUCAAUAAUUUCCAACUUGAUGUAUUACAUACUACCGAAGGAUAGAAUAAGCCUAUUUCAAAUAGUUCAGGAGUGUUCUAUAAAGUGACUAAAAAAGUCAAAAAUCUGAAACAGUUCAUAGUUUCCAAAAACAUCAAGACAAAUUUUUUUAGUUCGGUAAUGAUCAUCAAAUUAUAAAUAUUCCCAUGCACAGAUGUUCAAAGUCGUAGACCUUGUACCUAAUAAUUUCCAUGUAUAUCCUUAUUUAUAGGAAAGGCAUUGAAUUGUUUGAUAAAUUGAAGAUAUUUCCUUCAUACAUUACACAUCAAUAUGUUCUUGAUACACAUUAAACAUGACUUCAACCAUAUAAUUAUUUUGAAAGUAGUCAUCUGAAUUGAUUCCAGUCAUGUCAAUAGUAGUAGAUGUACAAUACUGUUUCUGGAACAAAAUCCCAUGCUUCUUCUUUCAAAACUUCAGACCUCCGAUCGGAACCAUGUGGAACAACAAACCGAUAUUUGUUCCCGUCAUCUUGAUUGUCUAACCGACGUUACUCUGUAUCAUAAAUUAUGCGGGUGUUCCACAAGGCUCCACUCAGAGAUCUGAAACUUUGCAAAAUGAAGCACCAUAAGAAAAAGCAUGGGAUUUGGUCCCAGAAACAACAUUAUAUAUUUACUAAUAGUUGAAUUUGGGAAAACAAAACUAUAUGAAUAAAUAAAUAUUUUUAUCAAUAUUCCUUUCUCACAUCUGCAACGAGUUUCAUCUAGUUUCAACUUUUCAACAUAACGUGAACUGACUAUCUGAUGUUUUUAGAUUUCGCAACAAGAUUCUAUCUAUAUGAUUAAUAUAAGAGGUAUCAAAUGUAUACCGAGUGUUGAUGUUUUUCUACCACAAUCCACGCGUACUUGUCUAGUCUCUAGGUUGUGAAAAGUUGUUGAUUUUUAAUAUGUAUCGGAGAGUAGUCAACACUAUGUAUACCUUGAGUAAAUUGGAGUUAUAUUCAACUGUGAAAUUAGACAUGGAAAGAUUGGGAAACUUGGCAUUUGCAUUGAAAGAUUUUUUAACGUAGAAUAGGCUCAGAUAGAAACAAAACAAUACAAAGUUUUUUAUAGAGAUAUUCAAGUGGUAAAUAUACGAAUAGUGUUACGUCGAUGGAUUUUGAAGGAUUGUUUGAGAACGUUAUGGAGACUGCAAAUUUUGUAACAGAUAAUAUCAUAUCAUAUCAACUUCUUAGAUAUAACGACUUAUAUGCCAGGGAGGUACGGAUCCAGAAAUGAUGGAGUGGGGAUUUUAUAGAUACCGACAGUGAUGGGGACUUUCCCUACGAGAUUUCUUUGAUUCGCCCGUGCGUUUUUCUGAUUUGAACCCUCUCGUUUUUUCAAGUAUUGAUUUGAGGAUGAUCUAAUUCGGAUCUUUCCAUUGAUAAGAGAAGUUAGCAAUUGGUUCAAUAUUUUUUUCUACUCGCUUCGACUUGUCAACUUUGACGCAGUACUAACAGGAAUAUGAAAAAGUGGAAUCUCCCUAUUCGACAGAUCUUAGGAAUUAACUUCAAUAUGAUAUUGUUAUGUUUUCCCCGUGGGUUCGACAAUGAUCAAUUGACCACACUGUAGAAUUGAACUCAACUUCAUUUCUCUACUACACUGACAAUACAACACAAAAAGUAACCUAUCACCUUUUAACCUCAUUUCACUAGACUACCCCCAUCUGCCUAUUGGUAAUCCUUAUAUCUGCCAAUGAAAGUCUUCGGAAGCCGAUAGGUAUAUUCUUCAAGCGACGCGACAUCUCUUAGAUCGAUCGAGAAGCACAAGUAGAGUUGAGCGUGACCUUGGCCAAGUCACAAUCGAUUGACGAAUACCGGCGGCGGCCGGCGCUAUAUUUUUCUGGGGAUAAUUUACAACAAUAUUUUCAUAAUUUCCUCUAUUGGGUAUCGAUAAAAUUCCAUCUCACAUCAAAGUCGGGACGGAGAGGAGAGUACUUUACAUUAUAUAAAUAUUUCGUGUCUAAUUUCACAAACUACUUGUAAAAAUGACAUUUACAUUCAUAUUUUCACUUUGCCUACUGAUCCCUUACCAGGUAAAACUUGUAUUUUAAAUAGCAAUACCUACCGUGGAUAGAUAAUGCAUAAAAGUAUUUAUUUAUAUUAGUUUGUUGAAUAUAUUUGUUGUGUAUAAAGAAUAUUGUAAGUAGCCAUAGAGUUUUGUAUUAUACUUUUUGGAUUUUUGUUAGAGCUAUAAUAAAAUGGCGUAUAUUUGGAUGUUA